GUACAUCCAUUGGGUGUCAAACACAAUAAGCAUGAGAAUAAGACAUGUGCUGUAGAUUAGUUCUGAUAACAUGCUGCAUAUAAGGCAGUAGCUGAGAAAGAGAAACAUAUUCUGAAAAGAGAAGCAUGAUGGAUCUCCUGCUGCUCCUCCUGCUUGCGGCUCCUGCUCACGCCUGGCUGUCUCUAGAGGAUUGGGGCUCUGGCAGCGUCGACGGCUCCAUCGGGGAGUUUGGACAGUGUGUUUGUAACGUGUUCCUGCCCGAUACUUCAUUCCCAGCGGACCGUGUGGAGCACAUGCAGACGUCCUCAAAUCAGCUCUCUGUAAUAGUCAAGCUCCACAUCAACAAGGUCAGCAGUCUGAAGGUACAGCUGGUCAUUCUUCUCAGCCAGCUCUCCAACCUGACGGGUCGUGUGGAGAAUCUGGAGAGUGGCCCGGACAAGUACAUCAAACUGGACUUCGAGCUCCUCCGCAUUGAGCUCAGAGAGUUUGAGGCUCUGGUCACACAACUGAAAACAUCUCUAAACUCCUCUUCACCUGCCUUUGAGAGUCUUUACAUAGAGAUUCGCAAUAUGAGUUUAAUUGUCGACCAACUGGAAAGCUACGACCGGAGCAACUUAGAAGUGAUUCGCAUUGAGUUCGCCAAACUUCAGAGGAAACUGGAGAAAUGUCAAGAUGAUAAGGAUGAUCACUCUAAUGCACAAAUAGGGUCCUGUAAGCAUGAAGGCAUUCUCAGGAUUGGAAAACCCAUCAUCAGCCAGCUAAACGCAAACCUGAAUGGAGGUUUCAAGUAUGGAGGAUGGGGUAAAGACUCCAAGCCCUUGCCUGGCUCUGAGAACAUGUACUGGUACUACGGCUUUACCGACACUUUGGUCACUAAAAUCACACAGUACACUGACUACUACAAACUGAUCAUGAGACAGGCCUUUAAGACACAUGAGCUUUUCGUCAGAUAUCAAUAUGAUUGGCAAGGCACUGGAAACAACUACAUUGUGCGAGAAAACACCAUGUACUAUCAGUUCAGAAGCACUUUUGGUAUGGCAAAGUUCAACAUGACCAGUGUAACUGCUAACUUCAAGGCGAUUCCCAAGGCCAGCAGCAGAUUCUCAUAUCAUUACUCGGCCAACCAGAACCUGGAUUUCGCAGCCGAUGAGUCUGGCCUGUGGGUAACUUACGCCACAGAGGAAUCAAAUGGUAAACUGGUUUUAGGGAAGAUCAAUGAGGAGACAUUUGAGGUAGAGGAGGUUUGGCAGACCAGCGAAUACAAGAACUCAAUCACAAACGCGUUCAUGAUAUGUGGCGUCCUGUAUGCAACCAGGUCAGUAGAUACGCAAACAGAGGAGAUCUUUUACACCUAUGACACCAAUAAAAAUGAGGAAAGCCACGUUAGCAUUCACUUUGAGAAGUUCCAGGAUUUUUAUGUGUACCUGGACUACAAUCCUGCCGAUCAGAGACUUUACAUGUACAACAACGGAUACUAUGUGUAUUACAAUGUGAAGUUCAAGGCUGAUUAGAUAAACUACCACAUUCAAACUUUACUGAUAAAUGACAAUUUUAAUCUUCCCUGUGGAAAUGCAAAUAUUACAAUAAAGUUAUACACAAG